AUGAAACUCGCCACAGAGUUCGAAUCAGCUAAAGUUGAAAGACGCAGCAAUGAUCCUGUAGAAGCUUUAAACAAGGGUGACGUUAAAGUUAACACGAGUGUAACCAGAAACUCAGGGAAGAUAUCUUCUCAGGCAAAAAUUGUUCCUGUGCUCAAGAUCGACGAACUAGUUACAACUAAAAAGGUCAAUGAAGAAGAAUUGAUAGAACUGGUGAAACUUCGCCCUGUGAUGGUCAGCUUAGAUGCACCGAAGAAAUUUAAAGCCCAUCGCGGAGAGGGAAUUUAUUUUGGACCUAAAGACUCUAAAAGAAAUCUCAAGAAUUCAUGGGGUGUUGGGUGGGGGGAAAAAGGAUUUGCAAAAAUAGCUCGGGAGAUUAGCCGUGGAGAUGACCAACAUUCUUUAUUUGCAGAAAUUAUCUAUCCAGUGGUUUCUUCAGUUGAUGACCUAGUCUGA